AUGAAACCACAGUGUGAUGAACGCCCCGGUGGCUGCGUCAAAUGCUCAGAUCGCCAUUUCCAAUGCCCAGGAUACGAUCGCAACAUCGACAACUUCUUCCACGAUGAAACAGCCAAUGUUCAAGCAAAGGCAAAGAAAGCAAAGGCAAAAUCUAUUGCGGCCCGCGAAGCUCAGGAUGAGAUCGAGGCGCGUAAUCUGCGGGAGGCUUACCUACACAUAAUAGCCCAACAAUCACCAACACCGGCCGUGACAGCGUCACUAAUCGAUCAAGGAAUUUCCUUUUUCAUGUCCUACUAUACGCUUGGUGUUGAUCAGCCGCCUAUACAGUCUGAUGAGUACUCGAAACAUCUGUCGACGCAUGGCUUCCACCCAUUGGUCUCCACAUCCAUGACAGCUCUGGGCAUUGCUGGAAUAGCAAACCUGUACAGGGAUCCUCGCUUAAAGCGUGAAGCCACUCGCUGGUAUUUGGAUGCCAUCAAGAUGACCAACGCUGCCAUAUCGUCGCCUACAGCUGUCACGGCCGAUAGCACCCUCGCAUCUAUUAAUCUCUUGGGCAUGGUUGAAGCGACUGCCAAUGAGACGAGCCUACAAGGGUGGAGCAACCAUGUCGAAGGUGCUGCCUCCCUCAUCAAGAUGCGAGGCAUGGACCAGUUUUCAACACCAGCCGGUCAGCGCAUGUACCUCCAUACUGUUGGGCUUCUUACUAUGAACUGCAUGGGAAAGGGCAUGCCCCUUCCCAAAUUUGUUCACGAUCUCAACACUGAAGUCAUAAAGCAUUUAGACACAAGAGAUCCUAGAAACCGCUUCUUCUUUCUCCAUAUCAAAACCAUUGACCUUCGAGCACGCAUUUUGAGUCAGCAAACACACUCGCUACCCGACAUUAUAGAGUCAGCGCUUGAGCUUGAUAACAUCGCGGCCAAUAUCUUCAAAGACUCAGGCCCAGAAUGGGACUACGAUAUUGUACUAUGCGAGAAACGACCAGAAAUCUUUGACCACUUCUACCACGUCUAUCACACAGCAAUAGCUGCUCAGACUUGGAACUGGGCGCGUUACAACAGAAUUUACUUUCAUGAUAUUAUCCGAAACUGUAUACUAGCAGGCUUUGCGUCCACACCACCAGCCCUUGUCGGAGCAAAGUACCAUGAGCAACUAGAAACGAGCGUCCGUACCUUGUACAGUUUACAAUCGGACAUCUUGGCCGGUAUGCCGCAAUUCCUACAUGACGUACCCGGUGAAGUACCAAGCGAAGCGUCCGAUCACACUACCAGCAACAACUCAACUCCGACGUCUGUCUCGGAUGAACUCAGCGCAUCACCAGCAAGCGGAGCUUCCCCCCAAACCCCCCCAAAUUCACCUGCAGAGUUCCAGACUGCGCUCAAGACUCUCGAUCAAAACUUCAAAGGCAUGCCAUCAGGCGUCGUCAAAGCUCUCAUCGGCACCGGCUCAAUCAAAGACCGCCUCCCCAUCGUCCGCGUAGCAGGCGGUUACUCAACCGUAUGGGCCCUUUAUGUCGCCGGUUCCAUGCCCAUCGCCUCCCCCUCUAGCCAAGACUUCGUCGCAAAAUGCAUGACGCGCGUGCAAAAAGAAUUCGGCAUCAAUCAAGCGCAGGUCUUGGGCCAGGCACUCAAGUUCAAGCGCUACCUCGCUGCAAAGGGCGCCAUCCCGUUUAGUAUCUGUCCUAAGUAUCUACCCCCGGAUUCAGAGCCGUAUGUACGGCCUAAGACGAGUGUGUGA